AACUCAUUUAUCUGGCCUGACUAUUAAUAGCCCACAGGUCCUGCCUCCUAACACUAAGACUGUGCUGCGAGCAUAGAGAUGGCUGAGAACAGAUGUCUGUCAUGGAAGGAGACCUUCUGACCUGAGACCCACAGCACACGCUGCAGGGUCCUGGGAAAGGGUGGACCCUGGACCUGCAGACCGUCUUGACCAGCACUUCCCAGAGCCGACUAGCACUAAAUGACUGUCUCAACCUUGAAAUACCAGCAACAGCUUCGGGGCAUGGAGCACUUCUUUCAGAUGGCAGGAAGAAGAGCCUGGUGUUCUGAGGACGCUGCACCUCGCCAGGAAGAAGAGGACAUGAGCAGGCCUUCUAAAACAGUGACAUUCAAGGAUGUGGCUGUGGACCUCACCCAGGAGGAGUGGCAGCAAAUGAAGCCUGCUCAGAGGGAUUUGUACCGAGAUGUGAUGCUGGAGACCUACAGCAACCUAGUAACCGUCGGUUGUCAAGUCACCAAACCAGAUGUGAUCUUCAAGUUGGAACAGGAAGAGGAGCCGUGGGUGCUGGAGGAAGAGAUGUUUUGGAGACGCUCUCCAGCCAGAAGAGGAGAAACGAAGGGUUUUGCCUCUAAGGACAUGGCCAAGGACCUGAGGUUCGAGGAUGUGGUCAUUUACUUCUCUCUGGAGGAGUGGGAGUGCUUGCACCAUUCCCACAGGCAUUUGUACCGUGCUGUGAUGCUGGACACCUACAGCCAUCUGCUUUCACUGAGUCUUGCUGACACCAAGCCACGUGUGGUCUCCCUUUUAGAGCAGGGGAAAGAGCCCUGGAUGGUUAUGAGGAAUGAGACAAAAAUUUGGCAUCCUGAUUGGGAGUCUAGGACAGAAGCCAAGAACUUCCUUCCAAAGGACAGUUCCAAAAUUAAAAUGUUGCAACAAAAGAUGGCAAAAAACCAUACAUGCUCCAGCCUUAAGGACAGCAGGGCCAGAGGUGACAGAGAAGUCACAUGCGAUUUGGAGAGUCAACAUGUCCAUCAGGAGGGACACUUGAGACAGGCUACAGUAACCUCUGUCCAGAGGCCUGGUUCCGCCAAAUGCAUAGCUAAUAGGGAGGCUCACCCUGGAGGAAAACCCUGCAGGUGCGAGAAAUGUCAGAAAACAUCCGUGUGCCAGCCGCCUCCUGUUGAACGUGAGCACAUUCACAGUAAGGCAAAGGCCAGUGAGCAUGCCCAGCGUGGGAAGGUCCUUAAUGGCAUGCCAGACAUGGCUGUGCAUCAGAGACCUCAGGAAAGCAGAAAAGGCAGUGAAGGUCAGAACAGUGCCCUUGCGUGUGGCUCUGACACCUGCAAAUCUCAGAGUGCUCAGGGUAGUGAGAGGCCACACAAGUGUAAGGAGUGUGGGAAGGCCUUCCACACGCCCUCCCAGCUCAGUCACCACCAAAAGUUGCACAUAGGGGAGAAGCCCUACAAGUGUAAGGAGUGUGGGAAGGCUUUCCCAUCGAACGCCCAGCUUAGUCUUCACCAGAGAGUUCACACUGAUGAGAAGUGCUUUGAAUGCAAGGAGUGCGGGAAAGCCUUCAUGCGCCCCUCACAUCUGCUCCGCCACCAGCGCAUCCACACUGGGGAGAAGCCUCACAAGUGUAAGGAGUGCGGGAAGGCCUUCCGCUACGACACACAGCUCAGCCUUCACCUGCUCACUCACGCUGGGGCGAGGCGCUUUGAGUGUAAGGACUGUGACAAGGUAUACAGCUGUGCUUCCCAGCUCACUCUCCACCAGAUGACACACACUGGGGAAAAGCCCCACAAGUGUAAGGAGUGUGGGAAAGGCUUCAUCUCUGACUCACACCUUCUUCGCCAUCAGAGUGUUCACACUGGUGAGAAGCCAUAUAAGUGUAAGGAAUGUGGCAAAGGUUUCCGUCGUGGUUCAGAACUUGCCCGGCAUCAGAGAGCCCAUUCUGGUGAUAAACCCUACAAGUGUAAGGAAUGUGGGAAGUCCUUCACUUGCACCACAGAGCUCCUUAGACAUCAGAAAGUUCACACUGGAGACAGACCCCACAAAUGUAAGGAGUGUGGGAAGGCCUUCAUUCGAAGAUCAGAGCUGACUCAUCAUGAGAGAAGUCACAGUGGCGAGAAGCCCUAUGAGUGUAAGGAGUGUGGGAAGACCUUCGGCCGCGGCUCCGAGCUCAGCCGACACCUGAAAAUCCACACUGGGGAGAAGCCCUACAAGUGUCAGCAAUGUGGGAAGGCCUUUAUUCGUGGCUCUCACCUUACCCAGCAUCAGAGGAUUCACACAGGACGGAGGAGUGAAUGA